UCAAUUUUUAUUUUCUGUUCCACCUUCAAAUUUAAACCUGUUAAUUUCUGUUCUAAUGCUAUUUAUCUCAAUGAGUUUGAAAAUAAAUUGUAUUGGUUUAUUUUUAAAUAGACUUAUCAAAGCAUAGUUUUUAGACAAAAUUUGGUACAACUUAUAGUUGAAAUAAACCAU